UUUGCGCGCACUAAUGACGUAAGCGCCUCUCAGUCUUCUGAAAACAUUGGAGGUUUCACUGGCACAAGAAACAGCACAGCCAUGAACUGGAACAAAGGUGGUCCAGGUGUGAAGCGAGGGUUCGGAUUUGGAGGAUUUUCCCUCGCAGGGAAAAAAGAAGAACCGAGUGUUCCUCAGAACCCGAGCACAACAUUCGGAACCCCGGGAUCGAGUGGAUACGGGAAGGGCCAGCAGCUCCCAUCGUUCUACAAAAUAGGGACAAAAAGAGCCAAUUUUGAUGAGGAAAAUGCGUAUUUUGAGGACGAUGAAGAGGAGUCCAGCAGCAAUGUCGACUUGCCGUACAUUCCAGCGGAGAACUCGCCCACACGGCAGCAGAUGCAGUCUGGUGGUGGGUCAGACAGUGAAGAUGACCCACUGGACGCCUUCAUGGCAGAGGUUGAGAACCAAGCAGCUAAAGACAUGAGGAAACUAGAGGAAAAAGAAAAGGAGAAAAAGUCAGCCAAGGGUAUUCGUGAUGACAUUGAAGAAGAAGAUGAACAAGAAGCCUACUUCCGCUACAUGGCAGAGAAUCCCACUGCCGGGCUGAGCCUAGAGGAGGAGGAUGAAAACAUUGACUAUGACAGUGACGGGAACCCAAUUGCCCCCACCACCAAGAAAAUCAUUUUGCCGCUUCCCCCCAUUGACCACUCUGAGAUUGAUUACCCACCCUUUGAGAAAAACUUCUUCAAUGAGCAUGAAGAGCUCAUCAACCUGACUGGAACUCAAGUGUUGGAGUUAAGGCACAAAUUGAACUUAAGGGUGUCUGGUGCAGCUCCUCCAAAACCUUGUACUAGCUUUGCCCACUUCAACUUUGAUGAGCAGUUAAUGCACCAAAUCCGCAAGUCCGAGUUCACUCAGCCCACACCGAUUCAGUGCCAGGGUGUGCCCAUAGCUCUGUCUGGACGUGACAUGAUUGGUAUUGCAAAAACUGGCAGUGGCAAAACUGCAGCUUUUAUCUGGCCCAUGCUGGUUCACAUCAUGGACCAAAAGGAACUGGAGCCAGGAGAGGGGCCCAUCGCCAUCAUCGUGUGUCCCACCAGAGAGCUUUGUCAGCAGAUCCACGCAGAAUGUAAGCGUUUUGGGAAAGCCUACUCUUUGCGUUCUGUGGCAGUUUACGGAGGAGGCAGCAUGUGGGAGCAGGCCAAAGCUCUGCAGGAGGGAGCCGAGAUUGUGGUCUGCACUCCGGGUCGUCUGAUUGACCACGUGAAAAAGAAGGCCACGACCCUGCAGAGAGUGUCAUACCUGGUGUUUGAUGAGGCAGAUCGCAUGUUUGAUAUGGGUUUUGAAUAUCAGGUUAGAUCUGUUGCUAGCCAUGUCCGCCCAGACAGACAGACCCUUCUGUUUAGCGCUACUUUCCGGAAGAAGAUAGAGAGGCUUGCCAGAGACAUCUUGGUCGAUCCUAUCCGCGUGGUGCAGGGAGACAUCGGAGAGGCCAAUGAGGAUGUCACCCAGAUGGUGGAGAUGCUGCGCAGCGCCACAGAUAAAUGGGACUGGCUGACCCGGCGGGUGGUGGAGUUCACCUCCAGCGGCUCGGUCCUCAUCUUUGUCACUAAGAAGGCAAACUGUGAGGAACUGGCUACUAACCUGACCCAGGAGGGUUACAGCCUGGGCCUCCUGCACGGAGACAUGGACCAGAGUGAGAGGAACAAGGUCAUCAGCGACUUCAAGAAGAAGAAUUUGCCUGUUCUGGUCGCCACUGAUGUAGCUGCUCGCGGUCUGGACAUCCCAUCCAUUCGCACAGUGGUAAACUACGACGUGGCGCGAGACAUCGACACGCACACACACAGAAUUGGUCGAACUGGUCGUGCUGGAGAGAAGGGUGUGGCUUACACUCUCCUCACCAACAAAGACACCACAUUCGCUGGUGACCUCGUGAGAAAUCUAGAGGGAGCCAAUCAGUCAGUUUCCAAAGAACUGAUGGAUUUAGCCAUGCAGAAUCCCUGGUUCAGGAAAUCCAGAUUCAAGGGUGGUAAAGGAAAGAAGAUGAAUAUUGGCGGAGGAGGUCUUGGUUACAGAGAGAGACCCGGCCUGGGGGCUGAAAGUUCUGAACGCAGCGGCAACUUUUUGUCUUCCACUAGUAGCUUUGAAGGCUACAGCAAACCAACCAGCGGGGCGAUGGGAGAUCGCAUGUCUGCUAUGAAAUCAGCCUUCCAGGCUCAGUAUAAGAGCCAUUUUGUGGCAGCGUCCAGCGGCCCCCCGAAGCUGAGCACUAAGUCUAACAGCUCGUCAUGCUGGACUAGCGCCGGCAGCCUGAGUUCUGUGCCGACCGAGUCCCCCGAUGGUGCCGAGCGGGCCCAGAGCGCCGCCUUGUCCAUGACCAUGUCCGGCUUCACCAGCGCUGGCACCCUGAGCUCUGUGCCCGCCACUCAAACCAGUUCACAGCCCAACUACCCUCCGCCCGCACCUCCCCCACAGAGAGACAUCCCUCGGGACAGACACGGGGAGGACCGGGGGCGCCACGACAGUUACCGCCACAGCGACAGGAGCGAGCGACAAAGCGGGGAAGAUCGAUUCGGGGACCGGGAUCGAGACAGAGAUCGCGACCGCCACGGAGACCGGGACCGCUACAGCAGCAGCCGCCACGGAGAUAGUCGUAAUGGAGACGGAAGCAGGAGGGAAAGAGAGGAUCGGAGGAGUGAGAGGGACGGGGGAGACAGGGGGAGUGGAGAAGGGAGGGACAGAGAGGAUCGGAGGAAUGACGAUGAUAGCUUUGCGGUCCCUGAGCCACCAAAGCGUAGAAAGAGUAGGUGGGACAACUAAAGAAAACAAAUAAACACACCAAUAGAAUAAUAUGUGCAACUAACUGCUCCAUGAUGAGCGUGUCUGUUGUGUAGGCAGAUAGCAGAGCAUAUCAGAGGCUGGCACAGGACCAUAAGGGGGGUUUGUGGACUUUGAAUAAAAGUGUACAGUGAGGUUGGUUAGGACCUCAUGAAGAGUGUCAGACAGAUCAACACGAGCAGCUCAGAGACGGUCACUGUACAUUUAUCAUCAAGACUGUUGUAAGUCAGCAGGAUCAAACAAUAGAGCUGUAAUGAAUCCUGCCGUCAGUAAACAAUUCAAAACUAGGAUCAUGUUGGUUAUUGUCUUGUUUGAGCUCCUAAAAUGCUUUCGUGCUUGUAAACCUGAGGCUUUAUUUUUGUUCCUGAUCCUUUGCAAAGAGUGUUUGUGUGUUUUGCAUUUUGUCGAUGUACAAAAUUAACUCUUAAAACUGUUUAAUUUACAAAAGCGCUCUGUGAGGAUUCACAGUCUCGCACACACACACACGUAUGUUAAAACUAUGUAGCUCUUUCUGUGUCUUGUAUUCAAGUUCUAGUGGAGUGUCUUUCUUUGGCAUUUAAGUUUGUCUAUGCUUUUCAAGAAAGAAACUUGUUUGUAUGUUUGGAAUUUGAAGUGUUCAUUCACACAUGGAAAAUUAGGUUUUGAUUAAAAAGAUUCCUUUGGCGUCAA